GGCGUAAAGCAAUAUGGCGUCUCACUGAAGAAGCCCUCAAUGAGAAAUGCACUACACUAGCAGGUGGUUUCUCUGAAAGCAAAAACAAACAAACAAACAAACAAACAAACAAAAAAAAGAACCGAGAGAGGACACGCGUGGUGAUGCUGCUCCCCACGCUGAGGCAUGUAGUCCGGUGCGGCUACAGAAACGCAGGGAGAGGGUUUCAACAGAGUCACCUCUCACCUUUGAGACAAUGCCUGUAUCAGAGAGGGCAGAACACAGCUGUGAGCCAGACCAUAUCUGCACAGUGUUCCUCCAACACACUCCCCAAUGCAGCAUCAGACCGGAUUGUAGGACGCUGGCUGGUGGGAUGCAGUGGCCUCGUUCUGGGCGCUGUAGUUCUGGGAGGAGUAACCAGAUUGACUGAGUCAGGCCUCUCCAUGGUGGACUGGCACUUGGUGAAGGAGAUGAAGCCACCUCAGACCCAGGCCGAGUGGGAGGCAGAGUUCUCUAAAUACCAACAGUUUCCUGAGUUUAAAAUAAUGAACCAUGACAUGACCCUUACUGAGUUUAAGUUCAUCUUCUACAUGGAGUGGGGACACCGUAUGUGGGGAAGGCUAGUGGGCUUAGCCUACAUCCUGCCCACUGUGUAUUUCUGGAAGAAAGGCUACUUCAACCGGUCAAUGAAGGCUAAAGUUUUGGGCUUGUGCGGCUUCGUCGUCUUCCAGGGUCUGCUGGGUUGGUACAUGGUGAAAAGUGGACUGGAGGAGAAACCAGACUCGUAUGACGUUCCCCGUGUCAGUCAGUACAGACUGGCGUCUCAUCUGGGUUCAGCUCUUCUUUUGUACUGCGGCAGUCUCUGGACAGGACUCACACUAAUGCUUCCUGUGAACAGGCUUCCUGACACCAGACGAAUUGUGCAGCUCAGGAGGUUCGCCAAAGGCACAGGGGCUCUGGUCUUCCUUACAGCUCUCUCAGGAGCCUUUGUCGCCGGUCUCGACGCUGGUUUAGUCUACAACUCUUUCCCAAAAAUGGGUGAAUAUUGGAUCCCAGACGAUCUUCUGGCGUUCUCUCCUACAAUCAAGAACGUUUUCGAGAACCCCACCACUGUCCAGUUUGACCACCGCAUACUGGGAAUUAGCGCGUUAGCAGCCAUCAGCGGCCUCUUCCUCUUCUCCAGACGCAUGCAGCUGCCGAGGAGGACAAAGCUUGCAAUCAGCUGCUUGACUGCCAUGGCAUACACACAGGUGGCCCUUGGGAUCAGCACUUUGCUCCUGUACGUGCCAACUUCCCUGGCAGCCACACACCAAUCCGGCUCCGUAGCUCUGCUUACUUUCGCCAUUUGGGUCCUUGCAGAACUACGAAAAGUGGCCAAAUAAUUCCUCAGUUCCUUCUUCAAGACUUUGUACUGUUAUUGUGUCAAACACCGGUUUCUUUCGAGAGAGAUUUCCAAAAGUAGUUCACAAUCUUUCACCUGCAUUUUAAAGUUGCUCUGGUAACGAAACCUCAGAUUCUGGCGUCAACUGCCAGUUUAUAGUUUAUUACAAUGAAACAUGCAGCUGUUUGCUGUCAACCAACAGGUAAAAGUGCAAAAUACACAUAAAUGUUCUUCCUCAGAAGAUCGGAGCCACUCAUAUGUCAGAAUUACACAAUUUCUUUUAAUAGCACUUAUUACGCAGAUGCAAAAGUUUGAACGCCCGUCCCACUUUGCAUUUCCUUUCUUAACAUAAUGUAAAUGUAUUCAUAUUCCCAGCUACACCAUAUGGACAAAAGUAUCAGUCCCCGUUCGCUCUUUAUAAUAACCUCCACUUUUCUGCAAUGUUCCACUAGAUGUUGGAGAUUUGUGCUCAUUCUGCACAAGUAAAGUCAGUUACUGAUCUACAGCAGCGUUCCAAUUUAUCCCAAAGGUCUUUACUAGGUCUUAGAUCUCAAUAUCUUUUGUCCAUAUAGUGUACCUCUAAAUGCCCAUUACCUUCUUGCAAAAUUUAGGGUGUGUCUACUUUUACAAUCAAUAGUAACUUAUACAAAAUAAAUAUUUGAAGUGUAUUAAAUGGGACAGUUAUUUUGUAAAUUGUAUUCUAAAUUAAAAUGAACACACACACACACACCUCUAGCAGUUCUUAACCAUGCACCAAUUUUACAAUCAAGAACAAUGUACAGUAUCUAAGUGAUGUUUUUGGUUGAAAUAAAAGCAUGGUAAUGGAAUUUCAAUUUA